AUGGACAAGCCUACAAGUCUAGAAGACUUCAAGGAAAACCCUAUCGUAGGCGUCGAAGUAGAAUUCCAUGGAACUUCCACUGAAAAAGUUCUACUUAAAAAUUAUGCGCAGCAAAUUUCAAGAUCAAGCACAGUCUCUGAGCUCAAUCAAAACAUCAAAAUAACUACAGAAAGGCUUAAAGCUCUCGGUGUCUAUAGAAGCUGUGACAUUCUUGUCCUUCCAGGUCCUAUCACAGACUCAGCCUUAGUUACUUUUUCAUUAAAAGACUCUCCUUGGUGGGGUAUGGAUUUAAAUUUAUUGCCCAAUACAGAAGGUGGCAAAGGGGUUAUCUCUGCUGUCCUUAAAAACAUAAGAGGCAAAGCUGACUUAACAAAAUUCUGUUUAGGCUACAAGCCAAACACUUCAACUUUUGAAGCCGAAUUCAUCCAUCACGAUAAACUUUAUUAUCCUGGGAAAUGGGAAGGGAUAUAUUCAGUUAAAAAACAUAACGAAGUUAUUGAUAGAAAUGUGACAGAAAAUAUUUAUGGGGGAAGCUUCGCUUUGAAGUCAGUAGAUGGGAAAAAUACAUUUGAAGCAGGAAGAUGCAUAAGGACCAAUUAUUUUGCACUUGAGCCUUCAUCUUCUGAUAUCAUGAACACAGAACUGCCUGUUACACCUAAAAAUUAUCUAGCUUAUACUUACCUUUCUGAUAGCAGAGAUAAAAAAGAUGAGCCUCAUACUGGAUCAUUUUGUAAGUGUAUAAAUGAGGUUGCAUUUGGAGAAUUUACAAAAUUUUAUCGCUUUGACUGUAAUUUUUUUAAGUACUUCCAAAUUACCCCAAAUCUUUCACUUCAAACGUCUUUAUUAUUUGGGUCACUUUUUGAAUGAAAAGCACAGGUUAAUGAUAGAUAUAAAACUAAGUUUGUAAAAGGAUUUGAUUUUUUGAAAGAAAAUCCAUUAGGAAGCUCAUCGACUCUUAAUCUUGAGGCGAAGUUAUUAUAUUAUAAUACGCCUGCAUUUGGAAGAAUUGGAAAGUUUAUUCCUUUCUUAUAUGGAAAUGUGUUAUAUCCAGAAGUAAUUAAGACAAUUCGUGAUAAAGAACUCGCAAAAAAUCAGAUUAGAGGGUCGUGUGGGGUUGGAGUUCAAUGGAAUAAUCCUUAUGGAAAAAUUGAAUUUUCUUAUGCUUUACGAACAUUGAGCAAACCUGGAGAUAUAGUUCCUGAGUUCUCUUGGUCAUUUAUUAUAGCAGAAUAA